UUGGUGUAUCAGUCUGGUAGUAAAUGUCAUGAGGACGACGUGAAUCCACUUAACCACUCAAAAAUUGAUGCACAUAUUAAUUUAUGGAUGAAACGCUAAAAUAUUACUUCGGGAUAAGUUUGCGAAUAAUGUCCGUUUUGGAAAUUUAACAAAGAUUCGUGUCCAUUAAUAAAGCUUCUGAGAGAAAAUAUCCAAAUGAACCACCUAUUUUGGAAUAACAACACUUUCCACCAAAAUGAAUAUAGAAUGGAGGCAUGUCAUGAAAAUAUCUCUUGUGGAUUAUUCAGUACAAAUUCUAAUGUUGUCAAUGCUGUCGUUAAUCUAACAAAAGUGGAAAGUGGAAUGUUUAGUGAAUGGAGAUUUGCAUUGAACAUAAUUAUUAUCUCUCUCCAAAUCCUAUCUAGCAUUCUAAUAUUUUGUGGUAAUUCACUAGUUAUUUCAGCUGUUGCAACGACUAAGGGAUUGAGACGUAUAACUGACCUCUACAUUGUAUCACUUGCUUUGGCUGAUCUACUUGUCGCAGUCCUAAUUCUACCUCUUUUCAUUAUGCGUCAAGUUUACGGUCAUUGGCCUUAUGAAUCACAUGAAUUAUGCAUAUACUGGCUCUCUCUUAACGUGCUCUUGUGUUCAGCUUCGAUAUUGAACUUAUGUUGUAUCUCUGUGGAUCGAUAUAUUGCAAUCAAUUAUCCGAUGAAAUAUAUCAGUAAGCGAACACGUCGUACUGCAUUCGCAAUGAUUGGAGGUGCCUGGAUGGCAUCGUUCCUAGCAAUGAUCCCACCUAUAUUUGGCUCUCAGCACCACACGGGAGUAGGCCGUUGUUACAUAAGAAGUGAUGCAAGAUACAGAUUUCUCACAGGAAUCCCGAUACUUAUCAUACCAAUUUUGUCAGUCGGUUUUACUUACAUUCGUAUAUUUUGGGUGAUUCGACGUCGUUCAAAGGAAUUCAAAUUUGGUCAGUUUUCAUCUAAUCCGAAAGAACAUAGAUUUGGAUCAUUUAAAUUUCUUUUCAUUCCGAAUAAUAUUUAUAACCAUCGCUUUGUACGUAUCAGGAAGUAUCUCAAUUCAGUUAACUCCAAUCGAAACCGAGUGUUCAUGCUAAGAGACAGACCAUCUAACUUGUGUAUUGCAUGCUCUUCAUAUAAGAGACAUAACAAUCCGAGCAAAUUUCCUGUCACUCAAUCUUGCAGUGAAAGUUUCUUAAGUUCCUUUUCCAAUGAUUGUCCUGUACAACCAGAGUGGAAUGUUUCGGAAACACCUAAACAACACACACAAUCUAUUCAGGUGUUUCGAAUAACAAUGUUGCAUAGAACGACGAAAUCUGAUAUGACUGAUUUUUCUACGUUUGUGGUUCAUGAUAGUACAGAAAACACAGAAACAUGUACUUUACCAACUACUCAUACGGAAGACGAUAUAAUCAUCAAGCAUUCACUUAAAGCUGUUCACAAAACAACUGACACUUCUGUGAAUGAUCGACAGAAAGAUCAUCACUGUAAACACAAACACACAUUGCAUAGUCAGUCAACACGAAGCAAGAAUUCAAUGCCGAAGUAUUCUAACACACAUACUAAUAUGGACUGUAAACGUCAAGAAUGUCUUAUAUUCAAAAGAGAACAAAAGACUGUGAAAACAGUAGCAUUAGUGGUAUGUUGUUUCAUUUUAUGCUGGCUUCCAUUUACCAUUUUAUAUUUCAUGGAAGGAGCAUGUGAAUGUCUAUUGUCAGAAACAAUUUACAUGGCUACUGGUUGGGUAGCAUAUUUGAAUAGUAUGUGUAAUCCAAUUAUAUACGCAUUUUGUAAUAAAGAAUAUGCAAAAGCAUUUAAACGUUUGUUACAUAUUGGAAGUAAUAAUUGA